UGAUGAAAAUAUCUUGAAGCACCCACAUAAAUAUUUAUAUAUCAGUCAUAUUUUACAAAACAUUCACUGUACGUGGGAGUGUUUCACAAGAGUGUAAAUGAUUCAAUUAUAAGCCAAAUUAGUUAUUGAUUCAACCUUAUCAUCAUGAACUUCACAUUAAUCAAUAUUUUUCUUUUCUUCCUUUUCUUUUCAAUUCAGGAUAUUAUCAACCCGCUGGUCCAUUAAUCUCGCCACAUUUGUUACCCCCGCAACCAAUCCCACAGCCUUUGGAAUCUGAUCAAACACCGUCAUCACAAUCAUCUGCCUCGACGACUGACAAUGUUGAUCCGGACGUGAUGAUUACAGGUGGAGAUUUAGCACCAAGACCUUCAUAUCGUUAUGGUCCACAUCCACCCCCACCUGAUUAUUCUCGACCCAUGCAUCAAAUGCAUUAUCCACCAACAUAUCCUCCCAGUCCAUAUGGCUAUUAUGGCCAACCUCCCCCUCCACCUCAUCAGGAAAUCUGCUAUUCGCCUUAUUAUCCGCCAAAAUAUUAUCCACCAAACGCUCCAUACGCAAGACGCUUCAUGACACCGAAUUAUUAUCAACCACCCCCCCUUGAUUAUCGACCUCCACCUCAAGCCGUGCCUCAAAAUGCCCCAUCACAAAUCGCUCCAGCAGCACCGACUCCCCAACAUAUUGACCAUUAUUCUAGUUCGCCAUAUUAUGCUGGAUAUAGUCCAAACAACGGUGGUCAGUGUUACAGUCAAACACAGCCACGUACCAUGCAACCGCCGUAUUUAGAUGCAGCUCAAUACCACAGCUCAAGUUGUCCCUGUCCGAUGCAGUCGUGUCCAAAAAACGCCCAUACUGGCACUGGGCCAACUAAUAAAGCGAAAGGCCCAGUGUCAGCCAACACGACAAUAGCUGAAAGUAAUCCAAAGACCAUUUCAACGUUUAAUAUCGCAUCAUGUAAAAUUGAGAACAUUACAAGCCCAAACGUUGUGAUAAAGCCUGAGAAUAAUGAUAAAAUGGAAGCAUCACCAUCAAACUCACAUGAGUUAUUCUCACAACAUUUGAAUUUAAAAAUGUUGGAGUCUCCUGAAUUGACACCAAGCCCAGCACGAGGCUCAAUCGGCUUACAAAUUCCCCCAACAGUACAACAUGAAGCAGUACAACCUACAGAGCAUUCAAGUGAUAUCAAUAGCUUUAGUCAAAGAAAGCAUCCACGAGUUGGAAAGUCCAUGGAACGUGAACGUCAACACCAACAACACAUCACAAUGGGUGGCACAAUGACCUACCAGACAACAUUAGAAAAUUCUGAUAAUGUUGCACUCGAAUUGACUCAAUUUAAAAAAGAGUUUACUGUGAAGAAAGAAGGCGAUGUGAAAAAGGAAAAGGAUUGUGACAUGAUUGACAGAGGAUAUCGAAGCAUAAAUCCAAUUGAUAAUGUUAAACUUGAGAGACCUGAAGCGGAACAUGAUUCACUCUCCACCCAAAUGGCGCCAAAACAAACGACAAAUAACUUUGUCACCGAUACAAUCACAGUAAAUUUGAUUAAUGAGAGUGGCGAUGAGUGCGUUGACUACUCUAUGAAGCGUAAGCUUGAUGAGACUAGCAAUGACGAUGUGAUAGAAUUAAGUGAUAAUUCGACAGUUGAUCCACCAUCAUUGACAUUGAAGCGACGUAAACUACUUGAAAAGCCAGUGAGUACUCCUAAGAAAUCACCACCCAACAGUUACAAGAGUCUGAUAAAGCAAGCAAAUCCUUCUACAACAACUUAUCAAUCUUCUACUUCUAAGUCAAAACUUUUAACAUCAAACAUAAACCGGUUGAGUAACAAAUCAAAUAUCAAACGAAGAACUAUUCUCAAAUCAAAGAACGUGAGGCUUCUUGCUAAAGCUAAGAAACGUUCGCCAAAGAAAAACGUAACAGAAGACGAAAGCGAUAAGGUUGAGUCUGUAAAUGGUGAUGACAAUGCUGAAAAUGAUUCCGUAAUCGAUGUUAACAAAUUCAAUAAUGAAGAUAUAUCUGAAACAACUGAAAAGUCAGAUGAAAUAGCUGAAGAAACAUCAACUGAAAAUGACAACCAUGAAGAUAAAUCAAUGGAUGGCAGCAGUGAGUAUUCGGGUAAAUCAAACAUUGAUCUUACAAUUGAUCGUGUUGCCAAAGGAUAUUUCUCUGAAUCAGAUAUAUUCACUUGUCUAUCGAAGCAACGAAAGACAAAAAGUCAAAAGAAAUUUGAUGCAAAACUUAUAAAAUCGGGUAUUAAUGACAAGAAGAACGCUAAAAAGGCUAAGACUGACGUGACAGAUGUGCCAGUUAAGGAUAAAACAAAGAAAAAGUCUAAGGUUAAUAAAGAGGCUGAUAUGCAGCAAGAAGCUGCAGGUGAUAACGAGUUGAGAAAAGCGAGGAAACUCAAGAAGCUGAAAGUUAAAGAGAUAGAUGAUGGAGGUAAAAAUAAAUCAAAAAAGAAGCCUAAAGACGGUGAAAAGGAACCGUUGUCACUCGACGAUAUUCUGCCAUCCCAUUCAACACCAAAACGUAAGCAGAAGACCCCAAAAAACGUUGAAAGCAAGAAGGAGAAGAAGGAGAAAGUUGUCGAGAAUUUGACUGUAUCUGCGCUUAUUGAAAGUGACGAAGACGAUAAAACCGUUGUGACUGUUGAAACAAGAGAUGAAGAAACUUCAACAACGCUUCUCAGUUCAGCUCAAACAAUUAAUACGACAAAAUCUCAACUUGAUGAGACAGAUGUUGCAAAUAAUAACAAUGAAUGCUUUGAAGACAACAACCGACAUAAACAACAAGAAUCGUUGACACUUUACAAGACCCCGGGUUAUGGGUGGACUAUGAACAAAACAGGAAAGCGAGGGAAGAAAACAAAAUUCAGCAAUCGUAAAAAGCAUAAAUUUACCUUGCUUAAUGAUAUCGUCAUUCCAAAAAGUACAUCAAUUCCACGAUGGAGUAAUGGAUGGGUGUGGGGAGGCGACCCAUAUCAGGCUCUAGUUUUCCUUAAUAGCGAUGAUCCACCAGUGCCACGAACAUGCUACGAUUCAAUGCGUCACGAAGAAUGUGGCGAUGUUAUUCGUCCUCGUGAUUGUGUGCUUCUUAGAGCGGGUGGAAAACGAAAUGAAUUGCCAUAUGUUGCGAAAGUAGCACAAUUGUGGGAAAAUCCUGAAGACGGAGAGAUGAUGAUGUCACUUUUUUGGUAUUAUCGCCCUGAACACACCGAACAAGGUCGACAAGAGAAUGACGCAAGUGAUGAAGUGUUUGCUUCAAGACAUAAAGAUCACAAUAGCGUGGCAUGUAUUGAAGACAAGUGUCACGUUUUAACUUACAAUGAAUAUUGCAGAUAUCGCAAAUCGUUAAGACAACUUGAAGAGAAUCUUGAUGAACAAGUUUCAUUCGUUCCUAAGCUACAUUUUCCUGAACGUCGAACUGUACCACCUCAAACAUCACCUGAACUUGUCAUGUUCUGUCGUCGUGUUUACGAUUUUCGUGGGAAACGUUUGGUGGAAGAUAAAAAGAAAAAGUGAAUGGAACAAGUCACUCAUCGUAAGCAACAUAUCCUCUGGUGUCAUAAAGUCGCUAUACUGCGGAAGUGUAAAACGUGUAAAUUCGUACCUUAACUUAUGGCAUUCAUGGAAACCUCAUUAUUAUAUUAUAGAUGAUAUUUUUAUUGAUCUGCUUCCUAACCGAAAUGAUUUUAGACAUCAUCUGUUUCUAAAACUCAACAAAACUCUGCUGAUUGUAUCAUGUUGUUGCUUGUAAAUUGUUUAAAUCUUUUUGUUGUGACCUUUAAGUGAACAUUUGACAUUGCUCGGUGAAAUUACGAUCUGAACACGUCAUUGAUCUAAACUGUUACUGUUGUAAUCAUGUGCAUUGAGAUGAUGAUGAUAAGAACUUAAUUUAUUAUGUCUAAAUUUAAGAAAAAAUUUUGAUAUGUCCCAUCAGUCAUCAACAUUGAUAUCUAAAAUAAAUUGAAAGAUGAACGGAUUAAAAACUUCGUAUUUACAUUCAUUUAAAUUUAUUUAAUUGUUCAACUGAAUGAUGAUGAGACACAUCAAAAACAAGCAUAAGUUAAUUAUUUACUUUCACAUAGAUCUAGUCCUAAUUUUAUUUUUCAUUAAACCUUAAAAAUGAUUAUCAUGAUGACGAUAUUCAUUGAUGAGAAAAAACUGUAAGAAAACACCAUUUAUUUAAAUAAAAAUGUUACACUUUUGGAACAGCAACGACUCUUCUACACGAAAAGAAUGUUUGAAGAGCGUUGUCAAAUAGCUGUGACCUAAUUUAACUAAUUUAAUGGCAGAACAAGUCGAUUAAUGUUGUAUAAUUGUCGUAGCUAAUCGUCAUUUCUUUUCAAUUGAAUUUAAUUUCAUGUCUAUGAAUUUUGUAAAAUAUUUCGAAGAAAUUUUAUGAUCGGAAUUUUCGAUUAUUUUUCCCUUCAGUUUCCGUACUAAAUGCCAAGCUUAUUUAUUCCACAGAUGUCUAAUUUGUAAUUAUUUCCACUGAUACUAAAAACCAAAUGAAAAAGCCUAGUUUAAGUUGUUUUUAAAUUAAUUUUUAAAAUUCUUUGACGAACUGUAAAAAUAGUUUCUUUAGUAAUUUUAAAUUUUAAGUGAAACCCGCAGAGUUAUAUGACGUACUAACUAAUUGUAACGCUUAACAUCCAUAAUUAUGUAUAUGUGUUAAAUAUAUUUAAUGCCAGUUCUUCAAUAAUGAUGAUUUCAAAUAUUAGCAUUGGGUUAACAAAGAAUUGUCAAAUAUCUAUCUUUAUAAGAAAAUGGGAAAAGUUUUUAAUGGUGAACAAAAUCACUUUCAAAGUACCUUAAUCCACUAAGAAUCAAUCAAACAUGAUUUUAAUUCAAUAGCAGUCUAUAAAUUCAAUUUCAAUAUCCACAACAACUUACAACUUGAUGUGAAUUAAAGUUUGCAAUUUUUGAUUUACUAACAAUUUUUAGUCAGAAUAUCAAGAAAUUUAAUUCAUAAAGAAGGGAACAUUUAACAGGAAGUAUCUAAUAUGAAAAAAUCUAUGUGUAUAAAAUAUACAUUCCAAAUUUUAGUCAGAAUCUUCUAAUACUUCUGAAUAAAAUUAAUUUAACAAUUUUACAAUCGAGACAAUUUACACGAGAAAAACUUCAUUAAAAUAUGAAAACAAAAACAUUUAUUUAACUGUUGUAUUUAAAGUAAACAUCAAAAAUAUUGCUAUGUAGCAUUAGGAUUAAUGUUUUGUGCUGUAAACAAUUUUUAAUUAUACUUUGAUUUUGUUUUUGAAAAAGUAAGUAGAAUAGUGCCUUUUUAUUUCGUUUGUCCAAAAUAAGUAUCUUAAAGGACUUGUGAAAAUGUAUUUUUUAAUUAUCAACUUUUUUUUUCGCAACCUUGCGAGGUGCGAAUAUUUGUGACAAGUUAUUUAUGAAGAAUAUUUAAAAAUAUGUUUAGCAAUGUCAUCUAUCAAUAUUGGAUGAAAACUGUAGAUGAAAGCAUGCUAAAAAUAAAUCAUAUGUACAUGAAUACAAAAAGAACAAAA